AUGUCGGGCACCACCAACAGCUGGCUCGCGAGGCAGCGCAAGUCGGACUUGGUUGAAUUGGCGAGGGAAAUCGGUAUAACUAGACAAGGGCCGGAAGCUCCCCCGCGCCUGCGUGCCGCAUCCCGCCUCGCGUACCUGGCUCCUUUGUUGACAUUCAUCCCGUUUGGGAUUCCCCACUCGCUGAACAAUGCCUUUCAUCGGAGCCGUACUAACAAAACACCCAGCCUUGAUGGUCUGAAGAAGAGUGAUAUCGAACAACAGCUCGACAACUUCCUCUCCCAGAACGCAAACCGUUUCUCCUCCGACUCGCGCUUCACUUCCUACUUCAACAGCCGCGCUCGCCAGUCGCCCAUCAAGCGCGAAAGCGAUGUGACCCCCAACCGAGCUCCCAGGCGGAGGGCCACCAACAAGGUCGAGGUCGAGAUUCCUGCUGCCACCAUUGAAGAGUCCGACUCCAUCCCAUCCACCACAUCCCCAUCCCCCGAGCCCGAUUCCAAGCAAGCUCCGGCGCCCUCAGAAGUCCUUCACGCCGCCGCUCAAGUGACUCAAGACGCCAUUGUCUCCACCGCCCAAUCUGCCGUUCAAAACGUCCAAAACCCCGGGCACGCACUCUCCCAGCUCAACAACACUUUCUCGUCCUCCACCUUGCGCCUGCCCGCCUCCCAGGCCGAGCUGGCCCAAGUUGUCGAGUCCGGCACCCUCGCCGUGCGCAACCGCGUCUCGGACCUCUACCGACGUUCGGGCAUCCACGAAAAGGCCGAGACCGUCCGCGAGAGCCUGUCCACCGUCAACAGCGUCGCCGUCACCGUCGCCGCCUUCGAGCUCUACUUCCUCCGCAAGGAGGUCAUCCCCGACCGCUACGCCUUCACCAUCCCCGCCGUUAAGCUUCUGGGCGGCAUGCUCGGCUGGGAUGAGUACCCCGUCUACGUUCCCGACAUGUUUGCUUUGGUGACGGCCGGCUUCUGGAUCCCCGCUUUGGUGUGGACUACCACCAGCUUGAUCCUCCCUUCGCUGUUUGGUUACUUCUUCAACUUGUCGGUGGCGCACUCGAAUCCCUUCUCCACCAACUCGGGCCCGACGACCAGGAGACAAAGCAGGGAGCUGAGCAAGCGGGAGCCCGAGUAUGCGGUUGAUCCCGUUACGUUUUCGAUUGCCAAGGCGUUGAUCACGUAUGUGGUCUAUGCCCAGGGUGUGACGUUCGGUGGCUGGCUGGAUCCUGAUGCCGUCUUCAGGAUCAAUGGCGCGCUCUACAGUGGGUGGAAGGGCGUGUUGGUUGGUGCGGCGGUGACGGGUGUUUCUGGCCUUUAUGAUGCUGUGCUGAGGAAGUAA